UGUCGUUUAUCGAAACGUUAUCUUCAGGAGGAGAGAAAAUAAAUCAUUCCAUGUUUAACGUGGUAAAGAUGAUUUAAGUGAGACCUGGUGGAAGGGACCACCGAAGGCGCUCAAAAAGCGGAGAAAGUAGAUUAAUCGACUUUGUUCUAAAUCUUUCUCGUUCCUUCAACGUUUGUCAAUAUUUUGGCGAGACAGAACUGGAAGAAUGUUGUUAUCUGUCGCCGCUGCAGCAGUCGCAGGAGCCAUCGCCUUGUUGUUCCUCCUGAAUCUCACCUUUUCCUGUCUGUGCGAGGAUGUGCGUUUUGUGUUAAGAGCCAGCAAGUUCGGUUUGAAACUUAUGAAAAUUUACCUCACCAAGAGGGUGCUCACCGUCCUAGACCGCUUUGCGCAGCGGGUGGAGGCAAACCCGCACAAAACCUUCCUGCUGUUCGAAGGCCGGCCUUACACUUACCGAGCCGUGGACAGUCGAAGCAACCGAGUAGCUCAGGUCUUCCUUCAGCAGCAGCCUGGCUUGAGAGCGGGAGACACGGUGGCGCUGCUGAUGAACAACGAGCCCGACUUCGUAUGCGUCUGGUUCGGCUUGUCCAAGCUCGGCUGUGCCGUGGCUUUCCUCAACACCAACCUCCGCACACGCUCUCUCCUGCACUGCCUGGUCAGCUCGGGAGCUAAGACCCUGGUCGUAGGCGCAGAUCUAGUUGAUAUUGUGGAGGACAUUCUUACUGAUAUCCAGAAUAAUAAUAUAUCUGUCUGGGUUAUGGGGAAAAGUUGUACUCUCCAUGAGGUGAAUACCCUAGCAGAUAAAGUAGAAGAAGCACCAGACAGUCCUGUGCCAGGAUCGUGGAAAUCUGCAAUCUACUUAAAGUCCACCUUUCUCUAUAUAUUCACUUCAGGCACUACAGGAUUACCAAAGGCUGCUGUGAUCACCCAGCUACAAUCCUUAAGGGCUAGUGCUGGCUUUUGGGUGUUUGGAGUGACCAAGGAGGACAUCAUCUAUGUUCCACUUCCUUUAUAUCAUGGUGCAGCCUCUCUUUUAGGCAUCUGUGGCUGCAUUGAGAUAGGUGCAACAUUGGUGCUAAAGAAGAAAUUCUCAGCUAGCCAGUUCUGGAACGACUGCCGAAAGUAUAACGUUACUGUAGUCCAAUAUAUUGGAGAACUCUGCCGCUACCUGUGUAAUCAGCCAAAGAUAGAAGGAGAAAAAAAUCACCAAGUGCGCAUGGCUGUAGGAAAUGGUAUAAGGACUGAGGUCUGGAAAGAAUUCCUAGAGCGAUUUGGCAAUAUUAAGAUGUGCGAGUUUUAUGGUGCAACAGAAGGAAAUAUUUUCUUUAUGAAUUACACAGGCAAGUUGGGAGCUGUGGGACGCACCAGUUACUUAUAUAAGGCAUUUCUAUCAUAUAGACUGGUAAAAUAUGAUGCUCAAAAGGAAACACCCAUAAGGAAUGAACAAGGACGAUGUGAAAAGGUUGGCAAAGGUGAGACUGGACUCCUCAUAUCUCCAGUGACUAAAUUGAAUCCAUUCAGUGGUUAUGCUGGAAGCAAGAAGUUUUCACAGCAGAAGUUACUGGAAGAUGUUUUUAAAAAGGGGGACCUGUAUUUCAACACUGGAGACCUGAUGUCUGAGAGCCAGGAUGGCUAUAUUUACUUCCGUGAUCGGAUUGGGGACACCUUUAGAUGGAAAGGGGAAAAUGUUGCAACCACAGAGGUGGCUGAAAUUAUCGGAAUGAUGGACUUUGUAGAAGAAGCCAAUGUAUAUGGAGUAGCUAUCAAAGGGUACGAAGGCAGGAUAGGAAUGGCAGCUAUCAUCCUGAAGCCAGUUCAAGAGUUUGAUGGAAAAAAAUUAUAUGAUCAUGUUGUGAAAUAUCUGCCGAGCUAUGCCUACCCACGCUUCCUAAGGAUCCAGGAAUCGAUGGAAAUGACUGGAACCUUCAAGAGAAAAAAAAUUAAUUUGGUGGAAGAAGCAUUCAAUCCCAUGAUAAUAACGGAGCCAUUGUAUUUCCUGGAUCCUUCUGUGAAAUCUUACAUUUUAAUGACAGAACAAAUCUAUAACCAAAUUUUGUCACUCAAGAUAAAAUUAUGAGCCAUUGUUUAUAACUUGGGCAUUUUAUCAUAGACCACUUUUUCAGCAAAUAAUUAUAUAGCAUUAAUUUUAAUAGCAACUAUGUUUUAUUAGUACAUUCUAUCUGAAGGUCUAUUUUUUGCAGAAAAUAUUUUUAACUUGCCAUGUAAAUAAUUUUAAUUUGUCCCUCUGUAACAAAAAUAUUUUAUAUAUAUAUAUAAAACAUAUGUUAAAAAUAGCUCCACUUUCUAAACUAUUAAAAAGCCUGUAUUUGACUUUUUAAUUGAACAAAGUAGCAUUAUAAAAAUGCUCCCACUCUGA